GCACGAAGGCUUCUCCAUGAGUGCUCUCCUUACCACUUUUUAGAUACGGAAUUGUUGCCAGGUGACCUUUGUGUGUGUGACAGUGAAGCUGCAUCCGCUAUGAAAACGUGUAAAUCCAGUCACCUGGACUCGGGUGUGGAGGCAGAGGCGCAGUGCAGAAGUGGAACAGGCUGUGUGGUGAAGUGCAGCUCGGAGAGGAUGGAGAACGCUGCCAAGAGGAGACUGGCUGCCAACGCCCGUGAGAGGAGGCGCAUGCAGGGGCUGAACACAGCCUUCGACCGCCUGAGAAAGGUGGUGCCGCAGUGGGGGCAGGACAAGAAACUGUCCAAGUAUGAGACCCUGCAGAUGGCUCUGAGCUACAUCAUGGCUCUGACCAGGAUCCUGGCCGAAGCUGAAAGGUACAGUAGUGAGCGAGAGUGGAUUAGCCUGCACUGUGAGCACUUCCAUGCCGACAGCUACCAGCACUACCCGGCACAGAAACCCAGCGCCGACAGCGAUCCUUACUCACAGAGGGUGUUCAGCUACCACCCCGAGCACUUCCAAAUAGCUAACUAGAACUUGUUGCCAACUGGGAAAAUGCAGCAGGCCAGAUGUGUAAUUUAAUAAUUAGCAAGAGUUAAUCUGCUUGGCUAAGGUAAUAUUGGCAUGAUAAUAGCUCAUUCUUGUUUGCGUCUUAUAGGAAUUUGACAAAAUAAAUUUGCUCUGAGAACAUAAA